AUGCGAAGUCAAUGGUCCAACGACUACGGCAUGCACGACUUUGAGUACCCCCCCGCUCCCCCCCCCCCCCAGAGAAGUCGGAGAGGGGGAUCGGCCUCCUACACCAAUGGCGGGGCGGUGGGGAUCGAGAAAUCUUCGUUUCACACAAAGGCGUCGCAUCCACGCAAGAAUACGUCCCACAAAACCGCCGAUCACGGGAGCAGCGCUGCGGUGGGACUAACGGUUUCCUUUUCCCGGGGAUGCUCCGUUAGUUCGGAUGAGGCUUUGACCGGGCACGGCGUUGGGGUAACCGGGCACAGAGAUGGGGCGGUGGUUUUCGAGGAACGCAAAGGCAUCCGCGGAGAGUUCCUAUUGGUAGUGACUACAGAUAUUCUAUGGGUCCCUUCUCCAUGGGCGGGCAACGGUAGGAGCUUCCUCAGACGCGACACCAACGUGGAUGACGACAACUCCACCGUGCUUCGCGGCAGCAGUGGGGUCGGCAUGUCCUCCGCGGACCUCCGCCCACGGGGGCAUCGUCAACUCACCGUGAGCACGCCGUGUGUCUGCACAAACUUGUUCUGGCUGUUGGCUGUCGUCUCGAUGGGCCUCGUCACGCUGAUCGGGCUAUUCUGCCUGUCGCGCCGGCAUCCCGACGGGCGUCGCCGUUGGGCGUUGCGCCGUUCCUACCCAAAGAAAGCGCUCCCGUUGACGGAGGAAGACUGCCGCGCUGACGGGAUGGCUGCCGCCCGCGCCACUGGGGUAGCUAGCGGGGAUCUCAAGGCAGGUGGUGACAUGGGUAACUCGUUGGCGCAGCCUUACCAUCUCCACGAGGAUCUGUACACUAUGCGUCACCCGAGCUACGAAGACGAAAGGCCGUUCGUGCUCCCUCAAAACCGAAAGAAACUUCGCGAGAAACCGCAGGCGAACGUUCGAUCGACCGUCGAGGAGACAAUCAUCCCAAGUUCCAGCGGUAGCGACGAGACGCCUGUGGACGAAGACGGACCGGGCCUUCCGCCCUUCGCUAUCCACCGCGGUGACGUUUCGGAUGUACGGGUUCCUCCACAGGAAGCCGUCAGAGAUGAUGUCUUCGACAGCGGGAUGGAACGCUUCUCCGACGACAGUCUGGUGGAAGAAGAGACGGUCACGGUCCCGAUCGGGAAACAUGUCACGUCGCCCAGGAUUUACAGAUCCGGUUCCCGCGAAUUGCCGACGUCACCACUGCAGGUUCAACCCACAUUAUUGUCAAUGGUCUCCGGCACGACCUCGCCUGGGGAGGGUGCGACCGUUCCGGCGGAUCGGCGCUGCCAACCUGACACCCUGCUUUGCGAUGGAGAGAGACAAGUGCAAGUCACCGCCGGCAACACGGCCAGCGGAGUAGCAGCAGAUGGGCGGGACGCCCGUGCUUUGUCUCCACGAACGGCCAGCAGCCGUUCUCCUUCCCGUGGCGGCGCCGGUCCUGUGGAUCUUGGUCUCUGCGAAUCGGCGUCUUCGACAAGAUGGGCCGACCAAAUGCCAAAGGAGCCGGACGACGACAUGUGCUACAGUCCCGACAACGAAAUCGAGGGCGAGUUCUUCGCCAUCAUGGGCCACCAAACAAGCGGCCUGGUGCUCGUGAGUCGACAAUCCCCACAUGGAGAGAAGCCUGACCGCCACAGUUUGGGCAGCGUCGGUGGCGGUGAUUACUUGUGA